AUGGUUAGAUCUGGACGACGCAAAAAAGAGGUAUUUUACAGCGUUAUCUGGCCAGCUUUGCUAGAACAAGGAUGGACGAAGAUAGAGGGAUCAGAAAGGAUAGACGAGUCGGAUAAAAUGAAUGCAAAACCGAUUUUCGUUCCCAAGGUCUUGGAGUUGAAGCUGGAGCUCGAACCUGGGGAGGACUUUUAUGACGAUGAACUCCUGGUGAUUGACCGGCUGCUUGAACGCAGAAACGAGAUUGAAUCUGCCAUUGCUGACAGAUACCUUGCAAAGGCGGGGAUGCACUCUGGAGGGGCAACGCCAAAGGGGAAAGGCAAGGCUCCUCGUGCUUCAGACGCCUCGGCUGAUGAUCAGUGCCCAAAGGAAGACACAGAGAUUGUUGCGGCAGAAACGGAUGAGGGAAGGCUGAUGGGCCAUGCGGGGUCUCAUUGCGAAGAGAAAGUUGCAGACGCGGUGAAUGCACGGGGCGAUUUGGACUGCGAGCAGCCGGCAAAGGAGGAGAACCUUGGUGGCGAGAACCCUGAGGAAAGCAGUGACGUCCGCGCGCAAAGUGUGAACUCUACCUGCCCCGAUGAGGAACAGAUCAUGGCAAACAAUGAUGAUAAUGAAGAAGUGGUGGGAGAGGAAAAGGCUGUGGGCCCCGACGAGGACAGUAGUGACGAUUUGUGGGGAAGCAAUGACAAGGAUGAAGAAGUGGAAGAUGUGAACGACGUGGGUGCCGACGAGGAAAGUAGUGACGAUAUGUGGGGCGACAACGACGAGGAUGUGGGGAUGGAAGAGGUGAAGCUAGGUGACAAAGCUGAGGUGGAGCAAAGCAAUGGCAAAAGUGAGCGAAAUGAGCAGCAAAGACACAUAGAAGUAGAAGAUGAAACUGAGCACUCGAAAGAUGCAGAUUUCCAGACCGAUCAGGUCACACCAGGCAACAUCAAAGCUGAAGGCACCAGUGUUGACGACCGCCAUUCAGAACAGGAGCCCACGCAACGACACGACCAUGCUAUAGAAGAGGAGCCAUCUGAAACAACAGAGCACAUGGCCGAAUCUGAAACUGAGAACCAGGAUGAAGAUGCAGUGGCAGAACCAGCAGAGCAGCCAGACAAGACUGCCACUGCUAGCCGACGAUCGAAGCGCAAGACCCGGAAACGUAAGGGUAGCGAGGGAUCAAUGACACGGGGCAAUGCCAGGCUCAAGGAUGCCGAUGGAAGGCCAAGACCUGUCUAUGACUUUGGCGACCGGGACGGCAGUGACUAUCACAGCUCGGACGAGAGCAAAGAAGGACGAAAGCGAAAGCGCAAGGCCCCCACUCAAGCACCUGCGUCUCCUUCAGCCCGUGGAAGAGGCCGUGGCCGCCCGCGAGGGAGACCAAAAGGCACGGGCAGACCAAGAGGCCGCCCACGGAAAGAUGGAUCUCAACCGUCACCCAAACGAGGACUCACACCACCCGGAAGGAAGAAAGGCUCUUCUUCGAGGCGUCACUCUACCGGGACGGCCAUGCUGGACCUAAGUUGGAAGAACGGUGGCAAGAAUUUCCCAAAGAAAGUGAGCCAAGUGGGCCCUGAUUUCAACGCAACCGAAAUCGAAGAGGCGGGGAUCUGGAAGAUGGGAGACAGUGAGAUUUACUGUGAACAAAUUUGGGACCCCAAGGUAGCCGAAGACAGGCUAAACGGAGAGUCAACAGACUUUUUGGAGUCCAAGCAGAUUCCUUACAACCGACGGGAAGGGGCCAUGAUCGGCUUGGCAGAAGCUGGCUACGACAGCCAAAAGUUUGAGGACGACAAGGUGGUAGAGAAGAUAUCCGCACGAGAUGGCACAGAGUGGUCAGAAGAAGAACGGGAGCGGUAUCAUUUGGAGAUUUUCCGAGCCAGAAAGGACAUUCGGGAAGUGGCACGGGUGACGGGGAAGAGCAUCAACAGUUGUUUGGCAUAUUAUUUGGGUACCUUCAAGAAAUCAGACGACUAUCGUCUGCUAAAGACGGUUCGCUACGAAGAGCGGUUACGUCGCAUGUUGGAGAACGACCACGAUAUGGAUGCCUGUAAGAUUUGUGGUGACGGCGGCAACCUUCUCAUCUGCGAUGGGUGUGAGUGUGAAUACCAUAUGGAAUGCAUGAGACCGGCCCUUCAGAGCAUCCCUGAGGGUACAUGGAAGUGCGAUGAGUGUGUGGACCGUGCCUUUUUGGCCGCCAAAGAUUCAUUGAUCCGUAAGACCAAGCUCUUUGCUCGAGCCAAGGACCACAAGGGCGAAGAGCCAUCCUGCAAGGAAGAGUCUGCCGAAGGGAGCGGCACGUUUUUGAUGCGGCCAACUUCGCCUGCCCUCGAUAUUGUCAAAAAGCUUGCGACGAACAUUAGCGCCGCCUUUUCGGAUGGGAAUGUCUAG